CUCGGGCGGUGGGCGGAGGUCAGCGGGGGCUAGCGGGCCGCGGCGGCAGCGAAAGCCGGGCGGCUGCAGGGGGACGGGUCGGUGCCCGCCGGGGGACAGGUCGGUGCCCGCCGGGGCACCUGUGCGGCCAGCAUGACAGAGCAGACCUACUGUGACCGGCUGGUGCAGGACACGCCUUUCCUGCUGAGCCCUGGGCACCUGAGCGAGCAGCAGGUGGACAGGAUCAUCCUGCAGCUGAACCGCUACUGCCCCCAGAUCCUCAGCAACAAGGAUGCCGAAAAGUUCCGGAACCCCAGGGCAUCCCUGCGCGUCCGGCUCUGUGACCUGCUGGGCCACCUGCAGCGGAGCAGCGAGCGGGACUGCCAGGAGUUCUACCGAGCCCUCUACAUCCACGCCCAGCCCCUGCACCGCCGCCUGCCCAGCAGGCACACCGGGCAGAACUCCGACCUGGAGUGCGCAGACCUGGACUUGGGCACCGCCAGCCACGCGCUCAGCGACAGGGGACCCAUGGCCUUCCUGGCCUGCCUCGGCCUGGCCGCGGGGCUGGCCCUCCUCGUCUACUGCUGCCCUCCAGACCCCAAGGUGCUGCCACGGGCGCGGCGCGUCCUGGGCUUCUCGCCGCUCAUCGUGGACAGACACGUCAGCCGCUUCCUGCUGGCCUUCCUGGCGGCCGAGCUGGGGGGCCUCUGACGACCAGCCCCCCUCCAGCCCCCCGCCGCCCACUGCGCACCAAAGAGCCCGCCUCCCCCGCCGGGGCCUCCUCUUGCCUAAAGGCUUGCAUCUUGAAGGCACGCCCUCAUCUUGCCAAGCUGCUCAGUGAAUUAAACGGGAGUCUCCUGCCUUCUCAGGA